AGUUUACUUUCGCCACUGCUACUGUUGCAUUGCACACACGUCUCGUCGAACACUCGCUUCUUCACAGCACCAGAAGUGCUGUCUUCGUCAUCCCCUUUUCAACACUGCCCCACAUUUUUGCUUUCUUUCUUUCCUUUUCUUCCAAAGUGAGGCGAUUCUUCCCUUUGCUGUAUCGAGGGAUGUCGUCCAUCGAGUGGCCCGUUGGUCGCGUGCGUCAGCAAUUCGUUGACUUCUUCACGGAGCGGCAGCACACUUUCGUGCCGAGUUGCCCCGUGGUGCCACACAAUGACCCCACGCUGCUCUUCAACAACGCCGGCAUGAACCAGUUCAAGUCGAUCUUCCUCGGCACGGCGGACCCGAACACCGAGUUCGGCCGUCUAAAGCGCGCCGCGAACUCGCAGCUGUGCAUCCGCGCGGGCGGUAAGCACAACGACCUCGAAGACGUCGGCCGCGACACCUACCACCACACCUUCUUUGAGAUGCUCGGCUCGUGGUCCUUUGGCGACUACUUCAAGAAAGAGGCCAUCCCGUGGGCGUGGGAGCUGCUGACGGAGGUGUACAAGCUGCCCAAGAACCAGCUCUACGUGACCUACUUCGAGGGGGACGAGAAGAACGGGCUGGCGCCGGAUCUGGAGGCGAAGGCGCUGUGGGCACAGUUUCUGCCGGAGUCGCAGAUUAUCCCCGGCAACGCCAAGGAUAACUUCUGGGAGAUGGGCGACACUGGUCCGUGCGGCCCGUGCUCUGAGGUGCACUUUGACCGCAUCGGCGGGCGCAACGCGGCCGACCUCGUGAACAAGGACGACCCGAUGGUGGUGGAGAUUUGGAACCUGGUGUUCAUCCAGUACGAACGCCGCACUGACGGCACUCUCGUCUCGCUGCCGCAGCGUCACAUCGACACUGGCAUGGGUCUGGAGCGUCUGACCUCCAUUCUGCAGGACGUCAAGUCAAACUACGACACUGACGCGUGGAUUCCAAUCUUUGAGGAGAUCCAGAAGGUCACCGGCUAUCCCAAGUCCUACAUGGAGAUCCGCAACGAGGCGGACAACGAUGCGGUGGUGGCCUACCGCGUUGUCGCCGACCACAUCCGCUGCCUCACCACGGCUGUGGGCGACGGCGCCAUGCCGGACUCUGUCGGCCGCGGCUUUGUGCUGCGCCGCAUCAUCCGUCGUGCCGUGCGCUACGGCGUACAGUUCCUCAACGCCAAGCCGGGAUUCUUCGCGGCACUGGUGGAUAGCGUGUGUACCUCGCUGGGGCCAUUCUUUCCCCACCUGCAGGAUCCGCGCAACGUGCAGCGCAUCAAGGCGGUGCUGACAGACGAGGAGCAGUCGUUCGCGAAAACGUGGGAGAUCGGACUGAAGCACUUCAACCACGCCGUCGAGGAGGGCAAAGCGAGCAACUCAAAGGUUAUCAGCGGGUCGGAGGCGUUCGUGCUGCACGACCGCUACGGCUUCCCGGUGGAUCUGACCUGCCUGCUGGCCGAGAAGGCCGGCAUGACAGUGGAUCUGGACGACUUCAACUCGGAGAUGAAAGCAAACCAGGUGAGCGCUGGCCGUGUGGCGGCGGCGAGGACGUUCAUCGAUGUGCACCAAAUCGAGGAGCUCAAGUCACGCGGUAUCCCGCAGACGGAGGACAACGCCAAGUACACCUGGGAGGAGACGACCGGUGACGUGAUAGCGAUCUUCGACAAGAAGAACGACAAGUUCGUUUCGCUGCUGGCGCCGCAGAACGGCCUGGGCGAGGAGGGUGUCGGCAUCAUCACGACAAGCACGAACUUCUACGCCGAGUCUGGUGGCCAGAUCUACGACACCGGCCGCCUCAUCGCUGCCGAGGACUGCGUCUUUGAGGUGCGAAAGGUGUACAACGUCGCCGGCUACGUGGUGCACGUCGGCAACCUCAGCAAGGACUCCACGGCACCGAUUCCGCCGUCGGCAGUGGUGCACAUGCAAGUGGACUACAAGCGCCGCCAGCCCGUCGCGGUGAACCACACCACCACCCACGAGCUGAACUGGGUGCUGCGCCGCGUACUGGAAGAGGAGAACCCGAACAGCUUCAUGGAGGUGCAGCAGAAGGGCUCCCUUGUGACGGAUGAGCUGCUCCGCUUCGACUUCAGCUACAACGCGAAGAUGUCGAACGAGGAGCUGCAGCGGGUGGAGAAGCUUCUCAACAAGAAGAUCCAGGCGGACCUGCCGGUUUACCGCGAGGAGGUGGCGCUGGCCGACGCGCUCAAGAUCAACGGGCUGCGCCACAUGUUCGGCGAGAAGUACCCCGACCCGGUCAGCGUCGUCUCCAUCGGCGCGCCGAUUGAUGCAAUGCUCGCCGACCCGGAGAACGCGAAGUGGCGCGAGUACUCGGUGGAGUUCUGCGGCGGCACGCACCUGAACAACUUGAAAAAGGCCGACAAGGCCGUCAUCCUCUCCGACGAAGCGCUGAUGAAAGGGGUGCGCCGCAUCGUGGUGGCGACCAAGGCGGACGCCGACAAGGCCAUCCAGGCGGGGGCGGAGUUGCAGGCGCAGUUCGACGCCCUGAGUCACGACACCGCCACAGCCGCCAACGUGAAGGCGCUCUCGGUGCUGAAUAAGAAGGUCGGCGACAGCGCCGUCCCGCUGGUGCUGAAGAACGAGCUGCGUGACGGCAUCGACGUGGCCAUCAAGAAGAUGAACGCAGCACUGAAGGAGCAGGCGGCAGACGCGAAGGAGAAAGCGGCGGCGGCCGGUGCAGCGCUGGGCGAGUCGUACGAUGCUGCCGCUGCGCCGUUCCUUGUCCAACAGGUGAGCGACUUCGGCGCGGAGCGGGAGCCACUGCAGGCCUUCGCAGACGCCUUCUCGAGCACCGUGAAGGGUCCCGUCGGUGUCUUUCUUGUGGGCAGCGACGGCGAUAAGGCGCUGGCCAUCGUCUCGAUGCCGUCCGCCUUCGUGGAGAAGAAGCUGAGCGCCGUAACGUGGGCCAAGUCCUCCAUUGGCAAGGGUGGCGGCAAGCCGAACGCGGCUCAGUCGGGUUUGCCGGACAAACAAGUGGCGGCGGCGCUAGCCAAGGCAACCGCAGAGGCCGAGAAAAUGAAGGCCUGCCUGUAA